AAGGGAAUUCCCUUGCAUUGUUACUUUACAUAGCAAACACAUGGACACUAAUUAAGAAUCAUCUGUUUCCGACCGAUCUUGACUAUAAAAGAAUCAACUAUCACCAAAUCUUAAUCACUCUGGCAAAAGUAAAGGUAUUAUCAACAGUUCGAUCUCAAGUACCAAUAAAAAUCCUAAUCACUCAACUGUUACAAUGAGUUUAACUUUGUUUGCUUCCAUUUUGGCCCUUUUGAUCAAUCAGUCCUUCGCAUGUGACUGUGGUCAGGCAAUUGAUUACAUAGUGAUGGACAGAUCAAAAGGCUUGUUGACUCGGUUCCCUUGGUAUGUGGUUAUUGAAAAUAAAAGUCAAAAACCUUGUGGUGCUUCAUUGAUUGAUGAUCAACAUGUCGCUGUUGCUGCUCAUUGCCUAUCUGGUUCAAAUGAAGCUUCACUCAGAGCUCGCUUGAACGAUAACUCGACAAAAUCAAUCUCAUCCGUUUGGAUUGAUGAGCGAUAUAACAACAAGACUGGUGCCUAUGAUUUUGCUGUAUUGACUUUGGCUUCUCCAGUUGGCUCUCAAUUUAAACCAAUUUGCUUACGAGAUUCAACUCGAGUGCCAACGCCUCCAAUUCACCUUGUUAGUCCCAAAGCUGAUAAAAAUGUUGAAGGUUUCCCUUAUAACUAUCUUUAUAACCAUCCAGGUUCCAAGUGCCCUUCUCCUGCUACCCAGACUCAUUUAUGUAUCAUGAAUCCUACUAAAGUAGAUAAUACAUGUUCUGAGGGACCGUACAUGGGUUAUGAAUCAAAUGCAAGAUUUUACCUUACUGGAGUUACUUCUCGUUGUUUCUCUACUGAAAUGCCAGAUCUAUUCACUGAUGUUAGUUUAUACAAAAAACAGAUUCGAGAAUUGGCUCCAAAAGGUUGCUGGAAAGACACAUGGGACUGGAGCCGAUAAUUUCAGCUUCAUAAAAUCAAUUCUUUCGAAAUUAUGAGUAACAUUAAGUUACUAAAUCUGAAAAAAAUUGUUUCUUUUUGAAUAAAUGACUGCAUAUCCGAUAUUUAUUGAAUGCAGAUUGAGAUUGAAACCA